AUGAAUCUGGAUCGAUACUGGAGUGCACUUACUCAAUAUUUACAACUUCAAUCCAUUCGGAUUAUGGAAGGUAUCAUAAGAUGCCUCAGCAAAUUGGAUAGGACACUUAGUCAACGUCUCGUUGCCCCUACUUCGAAAAGGAAUCUAUUGCUUUGGAUAGAAUACGGUGUAAAUGGCUAUCUAUGGGUAAUUGGCAGCUCGUUAGCCCUAGUAUGUUCGGUCAGUGGACGAUGGAAUCAGGAGACACAACACCAGCUGGUUAUGCUGAAUACAGGACUUUUACUGGAUUUGAUCUUCACGUGCAUUCUGAAACUAACAAUUCAACGACCACGUCCUGGCUACAACGUCAAUGAUCAGAAAUUCGAAGCACCAAUUGCUGAUCAGUAUUCGUUUCCCUCUGGGCAUAGCUCCAGGGCGGCAAUGCUUGCCACUUUAAGCGCUGCCUUCUUCCCGAAAUAUCGCAUUGCGGCUGCACUCCUGGCGGUGUUGGUUGCCAUUAGCCGGGUGGCAAUGGGACGUCAUUAUUUAAGCGAUGCUCUUGGAGGACUACUGUUUGGCUGUAUCGAAGGAGUGGCUGUGCUCGCUCUUCCACGUGGCUUUAGCCGAUGGGUGCGACGAAUUCUUCAUUGA